UAAAAAGAAAAACCAUUUGAAACAUUUUGGUAAAUCGUUUUAUCAGUUUGCCUCCAUUUCAAUUGAAAUUCUAUCAACCGGUAACACCACGCUGUCAGUAUCAGACGUAAAUGUAAUAGGAAACUUUCUCGACUGUAGCACGUAGAUAAUGCCAAUCUCGUCAGCGACGCGUAAAAAAGAUAGCACCUGCAGCUUAAACGAGAAAGUACCAAGCAAACAUGUGUUCUCUCAUUGUUUCGCGUCGUCAUGCACAUCGACAGAAACGUCGAUAACUGUACGUCAACUGGUGAAAAUCAGCCGGACAAACUUUUACCGUGGCGUCGCUGACAUUCAAUAACCGUGUUGAAAGGGAGAACCAUGUAUACGUAUACCCAUGAAUAAUUGAUUCAUUUUAUUCUGGGGACUUCUUGAACUAAAAGCAUCGACAUAACUAGACAAGGAGCAAGAUGAGUAGGGUGUAGGAAAAUUUCCGAAUCCAAAAAUUUUCAAAAGCCUACAUUGAUACUAUUAAUAAGGGAGGAGGAAUUGACUGUAAACGAAGGUUGUUAUUUAAUAAAGUAUGAAAUUUAUUAUAGCAGCGAGUUUACUCGUAGACAUUACAUCGAUUUUUUCCUGUUACCCACGUUGUUAGAGGACUGUAAUGUUAAUAGGCAACGAAUAUAACCGAGACAUAGCUACACCUUGACUCUUGCCAGACUUGCCAAGUUUAUGUAGGUAAUCGGAUCAAGGUACACAAAGAUUAUUAAAAGACGAAAACGAGUCGAACGUUUUCAUACUUAUGACUGGUUGUCUUACUGCCACGGUCAUGUGACCACGACAUAUUGUUUAGCUAAUCGUAGUCCGAAACAUUGUAUUACGUUCGAAUGGCAUGUAUCUAUGUUAAUGGAAUAUUCAAGCCUCGUAUUGAUUUGAUUGAUCUUUGAGUAUAAAAGAACCAGCCAUUGCUUUAUAAAUGUAACUGAUCAUUUAUUUAACGAGCCACAACGUUUCUUCGAAUAAAUUGCCUCCUCGGAUACUUGCCGCGAAGAAUGGCGAUACAAGAUUCGUAUAUAGUUCGAGAUCGCUUUAUUACGGACUUGAACCUGACCUUGAACGAUCUCGUAAGUCGAUGAACUCCUUUGAAAACCGGUUGUAACCCUGAGGGGUGAAAAAGACCGAGGUCUUAAAAUGCAUUUUGCACCCGUUUAUUGAGGAUAUGUGGCCUGUCGACAUUAACAUUUUCUGAUGCUAUAAAUUCAAUGCAGAUAAGACUCGAUUUGUAACGCCAUUAAUAUGUAUAGUAGGCAAGGUGUAGACAUUCUUUCUCUAAAUUUAUAGCUACAAAAUCUGGCUUCCGUAGGAACGGCUAUUAAAACAGAGGAGUUCCGUUGGUUUAUAGAGUUUGAAAAAUUGGCGGUCUGGGAAUAUGAAAGUAUGCCAAUGCGAGAACAUUGAAAAGUUCAGGAACAUUGACAUUUGGAUAUCUAGGGGUUUAACAUUUAGAAUUAUUAAAAUUGACUCUAAUAAAGGAAGCUUUCGUUGCCCCUGGGUAUACUGAACAGAAGCCACCAAGGCCCACGGUGCGGACGCCAGGGGGGUAACCGGUGAAAACGUCUCAACAGGAUUCCUCGGAUUAUUCCAUGCAUUAUGUAUGCAAGAUACGUGGACAUUAACACAUUCGAGACCGACGUUGCACUGCAUGCGUCCUACGCUGCCUACGCAAUAUAAUUGACGACGCACCGCGUGUGUUCUACCCUACCUUAUGCAAUGAAACGAAUACCUCACUCAAUACCAUGCGUGUAACACGCCGUGUGCGUUCUACCCUACGUGUAAUACAACCGAUGACACACCCUGUAUGUUCUAUAUCUUUGUACCAAUCGUUCAACAAUGACAAAAUAAAAAAUUUACAAUUUAGAUGUUAUUAAUGUAGACAGACUAGACUUGUACUUCAAGUUAUCGCACUUCGAAACAUUUGAACUCUUUUUCCUCAGAAUCGUGAAUCUUUUAAUCGCGUUAUUAUUGCGGUAGUUGAUCGAUAUAUUAAUCAUGGAAGAGAACCAUAGAAGACAUAAAAAAAGAAAGAAAAUUCACGUGGCAGAAGCGUGCACGUGCCCCGAGGGUUCUUACCGAAAAAGCAGAAUUUGCCGUGCUGUUACGGUACCCCAUGACACGUAACCGGAAUGAGAAGCAGGUGACAAAGGAAUGGGUCAAUGCAUGAGUCAGAAUCCUCCGUAUUUCUAAUGUGUCACGCAUAUCAACGAGACUGUGAAAUUUAAUCGAACGAGAUAAUUUAGCGAACGUUUCGUUUCCAAAGCGAGAGAAGAAACGGAAAAAAAGAAGAUUCGAUAUGCGAUAACAGUUCUGUAGAUAUCAGAUAUCGUUCGAUGCGACGAGAAAACAAAAGCGCAGGGAGGUUCUGACAUAUGUCAAAAUUCCUAGUCUCCUUACAGACGUCUUGAUGCGGUAACCCCUACAAAAAUACUCGAAGAAUUCUAAAAACUGAUCAUUGCGACCGAGAACGCGAUUCGCGACAACGUAUCGGAAAACAAUGUGAGAACAUGCACAAGAACCAAUGCCAGAAAUGGAAAAGCAACGAGAAUGGACGAGGUUGCAAUUACUCCGGAACCUACUAGGAAAAGCGCCAGAAUCAGUAACAAGUGUGACCGGAAGAAGACAUCGGAGGCGAUAUCGGUCCAGACAUCGAAAAUCGCGUGUUUACCCGUGGAAAUCAUUUACGAAAUAUUCUCUUAUCUGUCCAACCAGGACCUUCGCGCGAUCAGUCAUGUGUCCAAAUAUUUCAAGAUACUCGCUCAUGACCCCUUUCUAUGGAGAACUUACGAGGUAAAAUUGCAGAAGAGAAGACUUCUAAAUUCCUUGUUAACCAAAGAAAUUGAACUGUUUCUGUGCGUUUAGGUGACAAGUAAGGGGCCAGAUACAGACGAGGUGAUCAAGGAGUUGAAAAGGAUGCCACUGCUGAAGAAACUCAGCAUCAGCGCCAGAUCAGACUGCGACAACAUACUGCGGCAUAUUUCGAUGUCGAACAAAAGCCUGGAAGAACUGCACGUUUCUAACUGUACAGGUUCCACCUCGAAAUUAUAUCUAUGCUCGGCCCACCUGAUCCGGGUACUGGAGAGGUGCUGUAAGUUGCACACGAUCAAUAUACUCGGCAGCAGAUUCCGAGGUCGAAAGUUCUAUCGACUGUUGGGCGACAUGGGUCCACGGCUUAGGACCGUCUAUGCUCCAGCCACCAGGUCACAGUUCUGCACGUUCAUCAAGCACGCCCGGCUGAUCAGCGAGAUCGAUCGCGAGAGGAUCUGCUCGAUGUACACGGGCGCGAAAAGUUGGGCGCCCUUGUACUACUUCGUCACUAAACAGGCUGAUCGAGUGAGCACGGCCCAGAUCAGCUACCUACACAACGACAUUCUGCUGAUCGACGUGAAUCGACCGAUUCAUAAGCUCUCGAUCACCGAGAGAAGAGACCUCUGAAGAGAUCUUCGAUCGGCUCGAAUCUCGCAAGAGACAUCGUCCGACAUACCAUUCCCGAAGCGAAAUAGUUCUUCGAAUAAAAGUAAAUCGUCUUUUCGUUUCAGUAAAAAUCUAUUUCUUUUUCUAUCUCGGCACGCGCGUUUCGAGCGGUUUUAUUACGCUCGACUAUAUGCUGUAUGUAUCUACCAAUUGUAUACGUGUAUAUUUUGCCCAGUAAAAACAAAUUUCUUUUAAAUUCUUCUUUGAGAUCUAGCUUCUAGGAAGUUGUAAUCUCAAGGCGAUCUAUGUGGGUCGAUCCGUAUGCAAAUGCCAGCCGACACGAGGGGUUAAUUUCCGUGAGCUUUAUAUAGGAAAAACUUAGGUGUUCGGAUCAAACGUUCGAGCUAAUAAUGACACGAUUCAACCAAUUACUUUGUAUGCACGAUACGAUAAUGAAGUUGUAGGUGUACGGUAUGUUAAUGCGUGACACUGAUAGUCAUGGCUUCUUUUAUUGGCUCUCAGGGAGAGCUUAAGAAAAAUUCUCCUACCUUUCCUUCUUAGAGAAAUCUGUGUCUGAUGCAUAUUUUUUUUCAGUCAUCCUGUACUUGAUUCGCUUCUAUACACGCAAGCAAGUUGGCAAAAAGUUUCUAAAACACCCUGCCAUAAAAAGAAAGUAAACUCUUGCUCACGUGUAACCUGUUCGUUGUCUAUUGAAUUAAAUGAACCCGUUAGUGGUGCAAAAGGUUAGAUUAAUAGGGCUCUCGGUUUUCGACAGUUAAUUAAAAUCAAACUUUCCCUGAAUCGCGAGACACGCGAUCGUCUGUGACGAAUACAUCGAUCGAUUUCUAUUACGCAAAUGGUAACGAGUUCCGGUAAAAUGUUCACGAGGUUGGUUCGUCGACCGUGCGGUUUCUGUUUCUACGGUCAUUUGCAUUCACCUAUACCAUAACGAUAUUUUACAUGUAAUUUGCGGAUGUUCCGGUACAUUUUGAGCCAUGAUACAUCGCUCGUGAGGAUGGCAAUUUCUCAACAUUAACUACCAUAAACGCAAACUUCCGUCUAUUAACACAACAACCAUUUACACUGCUCUAACAAUACUUCUCGAAAUAGCCACCAGGGGAAUCAUCCUCGUUAUAUGGCCACCGAUGGGACUGCGGUGGCAAACUAGUCUUGAAAGUGGCAAUAUAAUGCAAUGUAUCAUAAAAUUUUAUGCUUCCGUGUCUCCUAAAUAUAUUCAGAUGCAAAACAAUCUCACAAAAAAAUCGCUGUAUUCCCGAGCGCCAUAUUUCUAAAUUUUUUUCUCAAGAGGAAGCCAGAUUUACUCCUGAGUAUACGGUUUUUUAUUUUUACGUCGUCAA